GGGGGCCCGGCCAUGGACCGCGGCACGGGCCGGCCGCCCGCCCGGAGGCAGGGCCCGGGAGCCGGCCGCUAGCGGCGCCGGGGGCCGGGGCCGGGGCCGGCAUGAGGACCGCCGCGGGGGGACGUCUGUGGCCCGCGUCGGCGCUGGGGACAAAGAAGCCAUGCAGUGACACCCUCUAGGACUUGUUGGUAGCCAUGUCGGAGCCCCACAGGGUCCAGUUCACCUCUCUCCCAGGUUCCCUGAAUCCUGCAUUUUUGAAGAAGUCCCGGAAGGAGGAGGUUGGGGGAACAGAACAGCAUCAGGACUGUGAGCCGGCUGCGGCAGCUGUUCGGAUUACACUCACCCUCUUUGAACCAGAUCACAAACGCUGCCCAGAGUUCUUCUACCCAGAGCUGGUGAAGAAUAUACGAGGGAAAGUGAAAGGCCUUCAACCCGGAGACAAGAAGAAAGAUCUCUCGGAUCCUUUCAAUGAUGAAGAAAAGGAAAGACAUAAGGUGGAGGCCCUUGCCCGGAAAUUUGAAGAAAAAUAUGGUGGAAAGAAACGUAGAAAAGACCGAAUACAGGACUUGAUUGAUAUGGGGUAUGGUUAUGAUGAAUCCGAUUCCUUCAUCGAUAACUCUGAGGCGUAUGAUGAGCUUGUUCCUGCUUCUUUGACUACAAAGUAUGGAGGAUUUUACAUUAACUCGGGAACCCUGCAGUUUAGACAAGCAUCAGAAUCUGAGGAUGACUUCAUUAAAGAAAAGAAGAAAAAAUCUCCAAAGAAGCGGAAGUUGAAGGAAGGUGGUGAGAAGAUAAAGAAGAAGAAAAAAGAUGACACUUAUGACAAGGAGAAGAAAUCGAAAAAGUCCAAGUUUUCCAAAGCCGGCUUCACAGCCCUCAAUGCCAGUAAGGAGAAGAAGAAGAAGAAAUAUUCUGGGGCUUUAAGCGUUAAAGAGAUGCUAAAGAAAUUCCAGAAGGAGAAAGAGGCUCAGAAGAAAAGGGAGGAAGAGCACAAGCCGGUGGUGGUGGUGGCAGCGGAAGCGCAGGGCCUGCGGGAGUUGGAGGGCACCACUGACCCCUUGCUAUCACUCUUUGGCUCUACUUCUGACAACGACUUGCUCCAGGCGGCCACAGCCAUGGACUCGCUGACAGAUUUGGAUUUGGAGCAGCUGCUCAGUGAGUCUCCAGAAGGAAGCCCCUUCCGUGACAUGGAUGAUGGAAGUGAUUCCCUUGGGGUGGGAUUGGACCAGGAUUUCAGGCAGCCCUCCUCUCUCCCUGAAGGCCUGCCAACACCCCUGGAGAAGCGCGUUAAGGAACUGGCUCAGGCUGCUAGAGCUGCCGAGGGAGAGAGCAGACAGAAGUUCUUCACCCAGGAUAUUAAUGGGAUCCUAUUAGACAUAGAGGUGCAGGCUCGGGAACUGAGUAGCCAAGCCCGUUCUGGAGUCUAUGCCUACCUUGCCUCAUUCCUGCCCUGCAGCAAGGAUGCUCUGGUCAAACGUGCUCGAAAACUUCACUACUGUGAGCAGGGGGGCCGUCUGAAGGAGCCACUCCAGAAACUCAAGGAAGCCAUUGGCAGGGCGAUGCCAGAGCAGAUGGCCAAGUACCAGGAUGAAUGCCAGGCACACACACAGGCAAAGGUGGCUAAGAUGCUGGAAGAGGAGAAAGACAAGGAGCAGAGAGAACGGAUUUGUUCUGACGAGGAGGAAGAUGAAGAAAAGGGAGGCAGGAGGAUAAUGGGACCCCGGAAGAAAUUCCAGUGGAAUGAUGAAAUCAGGGAGCUGCUCUGCCAGGUAGUGAAGAUCAAACUGGAGAGCCAGGACCUGGAGAGGAGCAGCAAGGCCCAGGCCUGGGAAGACUGUGUGAAGGCCUUUCUGGACUCCGAGGUCAAGCCUCUCUGGCCCAAGGGCUGGAUGCAGGCCAGGACUCUAUUCAAGGAGAGCAGACGAGGCCAUGGGCACCUGACGUCAAUCCUGGCCAAGAAGAAAGUAAUGGCUCCUUCUAAAAUCAAGGUGAAGGAAUUGUCUACAAAACCUGAUAAAAAGGUUUCUGUCCCAUCAGGACAGAUUGGUGGCCCCAUUGCUUUGCCCUCAGAACACCAGGGAGGAGGCCUGAGCACUGGGGCUGCAAGCAGGGAGCCCCCAUCCCAGGCGUUGAGUGGCCUGGCUAACCCUGUGCCUGUCAGCCUGGAGGACUCAAUGGAUGAAGAUUUGAUCUGCAAUUCAGCCUCCUCAGUAGAAGCUGUGUCCAAGGAACUGACUGCACUGAAUAGCAGAGCAUCUGGGAGCUCUGAAUUCAUACUGCCUGCACCCUCAAAAGCACCUGCAGAGAAAGUUCCAGGUGUUUCAUGUACAGAAGAAAAAAGGAACCUUGUGAAGCCCAACCCUUCUGCUCCACCACCAGCUAGCUCUCUGCAGUCCCCCCUAAAUUUUCUGGCUGAACAGGCUCUGGCACUGGGGCAGUCCUCUCAGGAAAAAAAACCAGAGAGUUCUGGCUACAAAGAGCUGUCCUGCCAGGCUCCCCUCAGCAAGGGCCUGCCAGAGGUGCACCAGCUCAAAGCAAAGCACCACAGUUUGCCACGGACAUCUCACGGACCCCAGGUGGUGGCUCCUGUGCCUGGCCCCCAGGUCAAAGUUUUUCAUGCUGGCACUCAGCAACAGAAAAGCUUCCCACCCCCAGCUCCAUUUGCCAAUAAGCUCCAAGGCCCAAAGGCUUCCCCCCCACAGUGUCAUCGUUCCCUCUUGCAACUUGUGAAGACAGCGGCCAAAGGCCAGGGCUUCCACCCCUCCACACCAGCCUCCUCAGGCCUGCCAGCCCCCAGCGGCAGCUCUCAUAAGACCCCAGCCCCGUCUUCUACUGUCCUGAGCCAUCCAGCAAAACAGCAUUCGGUCAGCUCUGCAGGGUCAUCUUAUAAGAAUAAUCCCUUUGCAAGCUCCAUCUCCAAACAUGGCGUUUCCUCCGGCAGCUCUUCCUCUGGAGUAACACCGGUCCAGAGUGCUACUUCUGGGAACCUGCUCCCUGGCAUACAGCCUCCCUCCACAGGACAGUCUACCAGCCGACCCAUCCCAAGCUCAGCAGUGAAAAAACCGCCUGUUUCCCAGAAGCUGACCCUGGUGGCCCCACCAGGUGGUCCAAAUGGAGAUUCUGGUGGAGGGACCCAGGGAGUGGCAAAGUUACUGACCUCGUCCUUAAAGCCUCCUGUGGUUAGUAGUGUGACAUCGUCUACCUCCUUGCCAAAAGGAACCAGUGGGGCUGUGCUGCUGACCAACUCCUCUCCCUUAAACCUGCUGCCUUCAUCCUACAAGUCCAGCAGCCCAAAGCUGCCUGGGGCCAUGAACUCAAACUCUCUGGGCAUCAUAGCCCCUGUCCCAAUUCCUCUCCACGUACUCUCCUUCAGCGCCGACUCCUCUGCCAAAGCAGGGGUAUCCAAGGACGCCAUUGUCACAGGCCCUGCUCCUGGGCCUUUCCACCCUGGCCUCGGCCACAGUCUUCUGGCUGGCUUGCACUCCAGCCCGCCCCACGCAGCGCCUCUCCCACACGCUGCUGUGCCCACCCAUAUCCCGCAGAGUCUGCCAGAUGCUUCUCAGCUUCACGGGAAAGGACCUGGGGUACCACGGAAAUUGUGACCACUUCAAGGAAAGGCUUGACAAAUUUGGGUCUGGGUGGAAGCCAAAUGUGUGGGUCUCAGAUCAUGGAUAUUCACUGCGUUCUUUCUACCGACUGGUUUUCUUCUGGAGAAGGUGUGAGUUCUAAGUGGAGUGCCUCUUGGUACUUCUAAUAUGCCUCCAAGUAAGGCAGCCAGCCUGCACUGCUUGGGAGGCGCUACUGACCUGGAGCUCUGGGCCUGCGGCUUUGUUGCUGGAUGGUUGCUGGAGGGGCAGCUCGAGGCUGGGGUAUAUGCUGGGCUGCAGCGGCAAGCACAGUGUGUAAGCGUUCUGGUGGCAGAUCAGUCGGCACAACCACAUUUUAAAUCUGCCUGAGCCCUGGCAUUUGGUCAGAGUACCCACCCCACAGCACCCUACUGGUCAGGGGCUCCUUCUGGCCACAUAAGACCCUAUCUUCAGGCUGUGUGCUCAAGAGGACAAAACCCAGGCCAAAGCCACAGCUGGGAGACCUCCCUUGUCUCUGCAAAGUACCAAGAACACCUAAUGAGUGCUUACUGUGGGAGCCAGUUUCGCCUCUGAACACAACAGUGAAGCUCUUCUAGAGAAAAGACCGUAGUAGGUUCCACAAUGGUGAUAGGAUUGUUAAAGACACCUAUUUUGGGCUCAGUUUUCUUCAUGACCAUUACAUGCAUUGGAUAGAAUGAGACUGUUCUUCACACGUCAUGUCUAGGAAGACGUAAUUCCAGUGCCUUUCUGGUGGAGCAGCAUUCAACAACCAUGUCCAUUCAGCCCUGAGUGGAUCUGAGAUGAAGACCUUUUUAAAGAUGUGUCUAUUUAAGACAUAGCCAGUUUUAGUUGAGUUUUUUACAGUUGCACAUCAUCAUCUGUGCCGUCCUGACUUGAAGGUCAUCUGGGCCCCCCCCAUCCCAGGUCCCAGUGUAACCAGGCUCCUGUCUUGUUUGUCCAGCAUUUACGCAGUUGGACUGCAGAGCCCCAAGCCAUUCCUCUGUCUGGGGGCCGAGGGUAUGAGGUCCUGAGUCACAGAUAGACAUUCCAGUUUGUCUUACUACAAAUCAUUCUUUGCCAGUCCUGCAGGCACAGGCUCUGUGAAGUGUCUGCCAUGAAACAGGCCUUGAACUGCUGGGGCUCUCCAGGCUGUGGGGCUGUGUUGAGUGAAGGAUGGUGGGCAGAGGAGCUUGGAGAGUGAAUGAGACAGACUAGGACAGCUGUUGCAGAGCUCUGAGGUCACCAGCCUGGUCACACUCAACCAGUGACUAUUUCACAAGGACUUCGAGGGCCCUUGCCUGUCCUGUGAAGUCUGUGCCUCAAGGUGGGUCUGAACUGGCCACUCCAGCUGAGUGAUUCCAGACGUGUUGGGAGUAUGCAGCAUCUUUGCUCCGCAUGUACACCUGUGUGGAAACACGGACCACUCUUUUGGUUCCUGAUUCCCGGGAUGUACUGCUUCAUAACUCGUAAUUAGUGUAGAGGUUUCUGGUCUUCCCGGGUUUCUGAGGAACAAGACCUGUCAGCUAUUUGGCCUGGCCUCUGCUCUGACUCCUUUUUUAUGUAAGAACCAAUCUGUAUUUCACACUGGGGUAAGUGGAUUCCUUAUCCCUUUAUCAUAUAUAUUUUUUGCAACUUGGGUUUCCAGUUUGUUUACAGAAUAGUCUUAAGUAGUAGCAAAAGAGCCAAAGAAGAGAUUUGUAUUGCUGAGCUCAAAGCCAAGCAGUGGCUGCCAGUAAAGGCUGAGCAGUGGGAAUUCUCCAGGUUUCUCUGCCCAUGAGCAUCCGGCUACCAGCCCCAACCCUUCCUUCCUUUCCCCUCAGUGCCCCCUCUUCCCCGUGUCCACUGAGUGUGCAGCGGGAGCAGAAUACCCUCAUUUUUAGGAAUCUAGUGAUGCCUCUUGCCUCAGGGAAAUGUUUCUUCGAUGGGGAGCUUGAGAUUUCUUUUUCUUGUUUAUGCUUUAUUUGUGGUCACGAAAGAGUGAAUGACUUAAACAGCCAUGGCAAGGCACAUCUACAGGCCCGGCUGCAGUGGAAGGUGGGGCGAGCGGCCUGGGGGCUGGGGGCUGCAUGGGUUUCCUUGGCAGCAAGAGUCUCUGAGCACUUACCGAGCAUGGCCGUUUCUUGAGUGUGAAAGGGGCUGUGGCUUUUGUGCAGCGACGGUGUUGGGGGUGGUGUGGAGAUUGUUAAUCUUGUAUAAAGCACUUAAUAAAUUGUUUCAAGGUUUCCAGAA